ACAUUGUAGGUUCGGUGGAGCAGAAUUGCAAUCACAUUUGAAUAUAGAAUCUAGAGCGAAGAUAGAAUUUGACUUUCUCUCAGCUCCGUCAGACGUCACCAUGCGUAGCACUGCUGACAGUCAGCGAGGACCCGCGCUUUCUGGCGGAGCUCUCCCGGUGCGUAGACCGAGAUCGGCUCCUUCUGUGGGAGACGAAGGUCCUGGCCGUGACGAAGCUUCCCCUGCACGAUCUGAGGGACUUCCUGGAAUCCAGCUGAGUGUUCUCCAUGACCAACGCCAUGGUUCUGAACUUCGACGAUAAGGCUGAUGGCUCAAGGGGCGGCGUCUACAGCUACCUGCCAUAUGGCAGGAGUGGACGAGGACAGAUGGUCAGGGUAGGAAGCUGGUCCCAGGAGGACGGUCUGACGGUGGUCUUGAACUUCCAGCUCUACCCUGAGAAAUACCUGAAUUUCUUCGGUGCCGAGGUGGGCAUGACGGUGUGGCCCUUCAUGCCAUAUUUCAUGGCUCGAGAGGAGCCUGUGGACGCCAGCAGUGGCGCCCCUAGCGGGAGCACAAGCAACUACACUGGGAGAGACUACAUCAUGCUCGAGACCAUGAACCAGUUUCUCAAUUUCUCCAUCAAGUUCAUUCCCACCAAAUCCUGGGAUGAGGUCAUCCUCCUGGUGAAGCAACGCGUGUCCUUCAUGUCCCCGAUGAAGCUGGCCAUCAUGCCCCACCUCCUGAAGGAACUCGAUUUCACAGUCCCCAUUGAGCCUGCCACGCUGACGUUCAGUAUGGCCAAGCCUACGCUGAAGCCCCGCUGGCAAAGUCUCUAUUAUCCGCUGACCGGUCAAGUCUUGGCUUCGAUCCUGGCCAUGAUGAUUAUCAUGCCCGUCGUUUUCAUCGUGAUCACCAAUAUCGGAAAUGCCCGCGAGAACAAGGGUCUCCCUGGAAGGAUCAUCCUGGAAAUGACUGGAACUCUCCUUGGUCAGAACUUCACCAGCGAACCGUCCACGACGAAUUCGGCGAGGCUUCUGGUCGGCUUUUGGGUGGUGUUCGCCUUCAUCAUGGGCACGGCCUACAGGGGAAACCUAACCGCUUUCUUGACCAUACCCAAAUACCCGCCCAGGGCAGAGAACCUCCCGCAGCUGCUAGCGAAGAACGCCAAGGUAGCGAUGCCUCCAGACGCCGUUGACUUCUACAACGGCUUCAAGCAGUCGCCCUCCAGCGAAUUUCGAACUCUAAGCGAAAGGGUGACUUUCGUAGACUCCUUCUGGGAUGGCCUGCAAUUGGCCGAGACUUCCAAUUCAGCCUACAUGUACGAGCGACGCUUCAUGGAGCUGAUGAUAGCCCGUCACUUUACACCCCUCCAGUCAUCCAGCCGCCUUUACGUUGCGCGCCAAAACGUGUGGCCCGGUUAUUCGGCUUGGCCCAUCAUACGGGACGCCCCUUUCAAGCCUGUCAUAGACCGAUGCAUCCAGGCUUUUAAUGAGGCUGGCUUGAUCGAGAAAUGGGGUGACAUGGUCGUCGAGGAUGCUCGCCGAAUCAGCCGACAGAAGAAGCGUCUCCAGCAGCAACAGCAGGAAGAAGAAACUGGGGUGGGAGACGACGAGGAAAUUGAAGAAAAAGAAGAAGAAGAAGAAGCGAAGAGCGACCAACGCACAGAAGCAAGUCAAGCUUUGACCAUCGUCCACAUGCAAGGUCCGCUGUUCUUGCUGUUGCUGGGGCUCGCGGUUGCUGGCUCUGUGUUCGCUGUGGAGGUGACGCUGCACGCUUGGUUCGUGCAGCGCUAAACUGUGGAAGACGAAGAAAUGUGGAUAAAAUCAACGGAUACAGUCGCUCAGAAACACGUUAUAUUUCCCCGAGAAGUAAAUUAAGUAAAUAAAUGACCAUGAAAUCAUUGAAUCGUGAC